AUGGGCCUGGGAAAAGCAGCUGAGAGGAGAAGCGGUGAGGAAAAGCGGAUGGCUGGCAGGAUUGCCAGCCAAUUGGCCGGAUGCCCGGCGGAGGCGCAGGCGCAUGCGCCUCGAGUCCUGCGCCCUGGAAAACGCAAGAUUGGAUUGGAUUGGACCAGGAUCCAGGACUCAGAUCCUCAAGAAGCGAACGUGGCGUCCAACGAGGCCAGCACCAGCGCCGCGGGCAGUGGCGCGGAGUCCGCCGCCCUGUUCUCGAAAUUGCGUAGCUUCUCCAUUGGCAGCGGGCCCAACUCGCCGCAGCGCGUCGUCUCCAAUCUGCGCGGAUUCCUCACCCAUCGCCUGAGCAACAUCACACCGAGCGACACAGGAUGGAAAGACUCGAUUUUGUCGAUUCCGAAGAAAUGGCUCUCCACGGCCGAGUCCGUAGACGAAUUCGGAUUCCCUGACACUCUACCCAAGGUGCCCGUUCCGGCGCUGGAUGAAACGAUGGCCGACUACAUUCGCGCCCUGGAACCGAUCACCACGCCGGCGCAGCUGGAGCGGACCAAGGAUCUGAUCCGGCAGUUCGCGGCUCCCCAGGGAAUCGGUCCUCGGCUGCAUCAGUAUCUGCUCGAUAAACGCGAGGCGGAGGACAACUGGGCCUAUUACUACUGGCUCAACGAGAUGUACAUGAACGUUCGCAUUCCCUUGCCGAUCAACUCGAAUCCGGGCAUGGUGUUCCCGCCACGUCGCUUCAAGACGGUCCACGACGUGGCCCAUUUCGCAGCUCGGCUGCUGGACGGGAUCCUGAGCCACCGUGAGAUGCUGGACAGCGGGGAGCUGCCGCUGGAGCGGGCCGCCUCCAGGGAGAAGAAUCAGCCGCUGUGCAUGGCCCAGUACUAUCGGCUCCUGGGCUCCUGCCGUCGACCGGGUGUCGAGCAGGACUCGCAGUAUUUGCCGUCGCGGGAGCGCCUGAACGACGAGGAUCGCCAUGUGGUGGUCAUCUGCCGCAACCAGAUGUACUGCGUCGUCCUGCAGGCCAGCGAUCGCGGCAAGUUGUCCGAGAGCGAGAUCGCCUCGCAGAUCCUCUAUGUCCUCAGCGAUGCUCCCUGUCUGCCCGCCAAACCAGCGCCGGUGGGUCUGCUCACCGCGGAGCCGAGGAGCCGCUGGGCUCGCGAUCGGGAAAUGCUGCAGCUGGACGAGCGCAACCAACGCAACCUGGAGCUCAUCGAGACUGCCCAGGUGGUGUUGUGCCUGGACGAGCCGCUGGCCGGGAACUUCAAUGCCCGCGGCUUCACCGGCGCCACGCCCACGGUUCACAGGGCCGGGGAUCGGGACGAGACGAACAUGGCCCACGAGAUGAUCCACGGCGGAGGCAGCGAGUACAACUCCGGAAAUCGCUGGUUUGACAAGACCAUGCAGCUCAUUAUUUGCACCGAUGGCACUUGGGGCCUGUGCUAUGAGCACUCUUGUUCCGAGGGCAUUGCUGUGGUGCAGCUGCUGGAGAAGAUAUACAAGAACAUCGAGGAUCACCCGGCCGAGGAUAAUGGUCUGCCGCAGCAUCAUCUGCCGCCACCGGAGCGCCUCGAGUGGCAUGUGCCUCAGCCGGUGCAAUUGCGCUUUGCCCAGGCGUCCCAGAGCGUGGACAAGUGCAUUGAUGACCUGGACUUCUACGUCUACCGCUACCAGAGUUACGGCAAGACCUUUAUCAAAUCGUGUCAGGUCAGUCCGGACGUCUACAUUCAGCUGGCCCUGCAACUGGCUCACUACAAGCUCUACGGCCACCUGGUGGCCACCUACGAGAGUGCCGGCACACGACGAUUCCUCCAUGGUCGCGUGGACUGCAUCAGGGCUGCCAGUACGGAGGCAUUGGAGUGGUCCAAGGCCAUGUGCCAGGGCGAGGGGGCCAACGUUCCGCUGGAGAGCGAUCGCGAGGACGAGGAGGAGUCACGCAAGGUCAAGUUUAGCAUUUACAGUAAGGAUCACUUGCGUGAGCUUUUCCGGUGUGCCGUCGCCCGCCAGACGGAGGUGAUGGUGAAGAACAUCCUGGGCAAUGGCAUCGACAUUCCGCUGCUGGGACUGCGAGAGGCCAGCAUAGAGGUCACUGGCGAGAUGCACGAGCUCUUCAAGGACGAGUCCUACAACAUCUCGCAGUGCUUCCUGCUCUCCACCAGUCAGGUGGCCUGCUCCACGGACAGCUUCAUGGGUUACGGACCGGUGACGCCACGUGGAUAUGGUUGCUCCUACAAUCCGCAGCCGGAGCAGAUCGUCUUCUGCGUUUCGGCCUUCUACUCCUGCGAGGAUACGAGUGCCUCGCGCUACGCCAAGUCGCUGCAGGACUCGCUGGACAUAAUGCGAGAUCUACUACAGAAUUAGAGCCCCAAAUGGGAUUCGAACAGAAACAUAUCAGUAAAUGUACCUUAGCAGGUUAGCGAACGAAACUAAGUAAGUGUAACUAGCGACCGCCCGGGCGUUUCAUUUGUGACCAAGCCACCACCAAGCGAGCCACCCAACGAGGGGGUGGUCAUCCGAAGGACGAAGGAAGAAUAACGAAAUCGAAAACUAAUGUCAAUCACUAUCAUGUUGAGACAAAAAAAAAAAGAAAAACAAACUACACGCAACCCAUUCGCUUUACAUAUCCGUUUACCUAAGCAUACCCGUAGUUGAAAAGAAUUAGAGCAACUCUAGUCAAUUAAAUGUUUUAGAGCCGUUUUAUGCGCAAAACUGUUAGUGCUGUUAUCUAAGUGUGUUACUUGUGCAAUAUAUUAUUAAUUAUGAGUGUUAUGCUAAUUCACAUGCUAGCCAAAUUAGCAGAGCUUACGAACUUGUUUACCCCUACUGUCCAGAUUUGCUUCAAAUUCAAAUUGGAUUUUGGAAUUCCAAUUGGACAUUUGAAUUCAGCCCACAAGUAUGCAAUACUUUUCGUUACGAGAGUUGUGUUCUAAAUACGUUCUAUAGGUGUUACAAAAGAUACUAGCUAAAAUAAUUACUAAAAGUACUAUGCUUGUUACUGCAAUUUCGUUGUUGUUCGUUUCAGAAUUUAUUAAACAAAAUCAUAUAGUGUCUGUUGAGAUAUUUCCACAUAUAUCCGCGUUUUAGAGAGCAAAUGGUAUACCGUAACUAAAGGCUUUUUGGAUGAAUAUAUAUAUGUACAACCCAUGAAAAUAUUAAAUAAAAAAGAGUAGAGGAAUAUUUAGAGAAUAUAAUGUACGCGUAUAGACUUGAGACGUAACAAUACAUAUCAAUAAAUUUAUAUACACCCCAGGAAGGCGAAGAAGAAUAGCAGAGGAAGGACGAUCGCGGGAGAUUACAGCUAUAGAUAUAUAACCUAUACAUAUGUGUUUGUCUGUUCAAGCCGUUAGUGAAAAAUGUAUGUUUCGAUGGCGAUUCGAAGCCAUCAAUAUUCUACAAAAAUAUAUACAUAAAUAUUAUACGUAUGUUAUUUACAAGAGAAAUUAUAUGAGAAACGUUAAAGGACAAUUAGAUACAUAUAUCAAACUAGUUGCUGUGUUCAUUGUUGCUAUAUAUGUAUGAUUAUCUUCUGAACUGUUAACCGAACUAUCGCUACAAACUAUCCUACUAUCUAUCCUGUAUUCGAUCUGUGUAUUAUUACGUUACCCUAACUGUUUGUCGUUAAGUUUGACUUGUUUCCAUAAGGCCAAGCGCCGCAAUUGAUGUAUGCAAAAAUAAUCACGAACCAAAUAAAAUGAAAUAAAUGCAUUACAAA